GCGCUUUUAUUCGUUGGAGACGCAAGUACUACCGGCAAAAAUCAAAGACGACCGGUGUUAACCUGCGCCGCAGAAAGAAAGUGAAGGUACUGCUUACCGCACUCUAAUCCUUAUCUCCGGCAUCGUCGAUGGAUGUGCUUUUUUAUUUUUUCACCGGAUGAAGACGAGAAGAAAGUAAAUUCGGUUGUUUAGUCGCGUGUUGAUGAGAGGCGGUGCUUUCGAUAUAGGCAAGUGCAUUUCGCUGAGAGAAAGCUCGCGAGUGGUUUAUUUUGAUUUGAACUGCUAAAUAUUUUUUAAGGUCCAAUUACAUGACUAACGCGACAAGAUGAGACCCCAUCAAGAUCUAUAUUGGAACACACCAGAUUCAGACAGCGAAGAAUCCUUGCGAGAUUAUCACAACAUUCCCCUUCUCCCCAAACAAUCCUACAUCGAUCCAUGGGAUUUGGAAAACUACGCCUACAUCCGAGAACAUUUGGAAUCGAUGGAAUUGUCAUCUAGCCCUUCGCUCCCCUACGAUGGCUCAAGCGGCAGCGGUGUAGAUUAUGGAGAAGCCAAUUCGACGUCGUUUUUUUAUGUCCCUGGUGGUAACAGCAGACUGCCGGAUAGGGAACGAAACAGCCGAUUAUUGGACGUAUCCGGAGACUACGCUGAUAUCGAUGAAGUACAGUACAUUUCGAGGAAUAUGGCUGGAAGACGAAGUAGUUAUUAUGACUUAGAAGAGAGUCCAUAUGAAGAAGGAUUUCCAGACAAUUCCGUAUUUGGCAUUUAUGAUAAGAAUGGCCGUGUUCGACGUGUAACAGUUCCCGUCGCUGUAAAUACGACAUACAAAAGCCAACUUGAUCGAAGUUUAAGUUCAUCAUAUGGAGACUCUACAGAUUAUGAUCCAUACACUUCCAGACACGAGCUGUACAGCAGACUAGAUGAGAUGCCAAAGCGAACUGACAGAACAAUGCCCAUAUACGACGAUGUCCGAAGAUUGAGAAGAAAACCAAACAACUUCGGUCUAACCAAUUAUGGACACUUGAAAAUUGAUUAUUCUAUUAGCUGGAACGACUUAAAUAAAUAUAUUAGAUAUAAUAGUUAAGGACGUAAUCAUUAAAAUACUAAUUUGUAGUUUCACCCAAAGACAUCUAAAUGGGUAGACAGAACACUCCAUUCAUAAAACUCAAUUUGUUCGAAUCAUACAUGGUUUGACACUUUUAUGAGAGCAAGUAUGAGAGUUAAAAAGGUCAUUUGGCUCUAUCAGUGGCGUGAUGUUUUUUUUAUCAAAAAUUGAUGAAUUUUAUCAAAAAUUGUUUGGAAUUGCCUCAGACCAAUUUUCCAUUAUAACUAGUUUUGCCUGAGGUCUAACUGAGGGUAACUCUAAUUUCACAAUCGAAAGCGCCAACAAAUAAGAAAAUAUACGUAUUUUUGUAAUAAUCUACUUAUAACUAAAAGUAUCUAGAUACGCUACUGUAAGCAUGGCUAGGUAAAAAAACGUAAUGACACUUACCGUCGAAAUAUCAAUUCCGGGUUGGAAUAGUCCACCUUUUUACAAACUAUGCACUGGCGAACCAUCGUAGAUAGUUAAAAACUACUUUAAAUAGUUUUCUUUGCAAUAAACACUAAUAACUAUUAGAAAAUUGUUCAAAAGCUACAAAAACUUUUAACUACCGCAGAAAACUCACAAUCGCGCGCUGUCAAAUAUAAUUUGAAUGGAAACAAAUGAAAAUGUCAAAUGUCAGCGUAAUUCCUACAGAUUUAGACAAUUUCGUAGUAAAGAUGAAUCCGCAGCGAUGCCGCUAGUUGUCAUUGUAAGUUCCCUAAUAUAAUUUAAUUAGAAAACCAAGGUAGAAAACUAAAAAUAAUUUCAAAGGUAUAAUCCUGGCACAAUCUACAUAUGUAUAUUAAUUAAAGUUAUAUGUUAUAUACCUAUACAAAUAUUUAGUUUAACGUUUCUAUAGGUACCCAAAAAACAUUAAUAACAAUAAUAACAUUUGGAACUCGAACCGUAUUCUAUCACAUACCGCGUAAAUCUGUCAUCAUCGACUUUUGGAACACGGUUCGUGAUUGCGAUAAAUGUAAAUAAAUAAUAAAAGUGUAAAUUGUUUUGUCUCCCUUUAUUUAGAUGUCUUUGGUUUCACUAGGUUUCACUUCACCAACUUUUUACAUACAUACAAUACUCAGAAAUACAUUCAUAGAAGGCAACUAUAUUCAAUUCUAUUCAAAUAAAUUUAUGACCCAGCGAGCUUUGGCUUUGGCAGUGAAUACAGGUGAAUAGAAAGCAUGCCUGAUCAAAAUAUUUUAGUCACAUUCAUUUUUAUCUAACUUGGCAGUUGGUAUACUCGUAAAUGAUAUUUAAAAUUAAAGCAUUAUUUUUUUCCGUUUAAAAUUUAUGUUACUGUACGUCUAUUCAUUCUGUAGCUACGGGGCAUCCGUAAGAGGGAAAAAGAUAUUCUCUCGAUGUUUCUCGUAAAAAAUUAGACGACGCGUCCCAUCAAUACAAUUUGACAAAUUUGCAAGUAGCCAAUGAAAUGAGUGGGCGGAGUGUUUUGCGGUGACAUACUCGUCAAGGACCACGUGGUCUGCCGCUUAUAUAUUGCUGUUUAUUUAAAUGCUUUUUUUGUCCGUAUUUCUUUGAUAGACACAGAUCCAGUAGACGUACUUUAUAUUAUGUGAUGUUACUGACCAAAUUGAAUUAUAGAGUUUAUAUGCAUCCGUCAUCUGUGUGUUCAAACAUGACAGAUAUUAUAUCACAGUAGUGAUGGGAAUACUGGUUCCACAUUAGUCGCGUUACAAUAGCGACCGUUCCAGAGAAAUACCGCGAUUUUGUAACCGAGACUCCGGCUUCCAAUAUUGUCGCUGUUCCCGUCUAUACGGUAUUUCUGGUCACUGUACUUACCUACUCCUCUCCCUGCCGUUAUUUUUGUGUUCGUGCAUAUUCACAAACAAUAACAAUUCAUAAACCACCCAAAUUUGUAAACAAUAAAAAAACAUGCAGGUGGCUAGAAGAAUUUAGUUAUAUUAGCUUUUAAUUUUGAAAAUAAAGCUAUUCAAUACUUUUUAUUCGCCAUCUUUUCUUCAGACUGAAGAUUAGCUUUUAAUAGAUUUUAUAUUUUUGCCAAUAAUACUUAAAAAUAUAUUCUUCUGAUACACGUUAUAACCGUUAGAAUUUAAAUUAAAAUACAUACAUUUGUAAGAUAAUUAUAUUUUCCUAUCCUUUUUCUUAAAAUCUGUUUACUUUAAAAAUAGUUUAGCUUAAACAAUAAAAAGUAACAUAAUUUGAAUCAUUAUUCGAGAUACCUACGUCAUAUGCUAAAUUUAUUUAUCUACGUGUAUGUUUUUAUCUACGAUAUUCCUUAUUGGUAAAAACGUUAGAAGUAAAAUGUUCAUGUCAGAUAAUCAAAAUAAAAUCAGUCUUACUUUCUUCCCGUAUGUUAAUAAAAUGCAAUUCUCUUUCUCUGCAGACUAUUAUAUAACUCUAAUUGGGAUUAUAUUUUUAAUCAAUUGAAAGUAGCUUUACAAAUUUCCUUUUUUUUCGGUCAUACUUCUUUGUUUUUUCUUAUUUUUAUAAAAGUGUUUAUUUGUAACUAGCUAAUGUACCUAACAUGUAUUUAUUAUCAAUCAAAAAUGUCUAGUACCUAGACCUACCGAAAAUCGCGAUCUCGAAAGUAUCGUAACGACUGUAACGGGAGCAUCAACGUCAACGGCGACCGAUCAAAGCGCGCCCCUACGUACUUACCAGUUCCAGUUCAAGUUACUACUGUUCGCGACCGACGAGAUCGCGACUCCAGGAGCGCGACGGCGACGGCGACGGCUGGAGCGAAACACGGCGCUAUGCGGUUACUGCGGUUCGAGCUAAGGCUAAGAACAUAGUGGAGCGACGAGGAUAGCGGCGAGCAAGCAGCGACACAUCGCGUCCAAAACAAACCUGUGAAGUCAAGUACGUGUGAACAUAGUAAAGCGAUCUGCUCGAGCAGUUAGAUCGGGCGGCGAGAUCGAUUCAAAUAAUUUUGUUUUCGUGGCUCUGUCGCGCUGUAGAAAACGAUGGAUUCCUAAAUAUUAAUAGAUUUAGUAAUUGUAAGAGAGAUUUUAUGGGACCAAAAAGAUAGUAAUCACCAUAAUCGGUACAUUUUAGAUACGUUAUGAGAUGAAGUGGUAACAAAUUUUCAUAAAGGUUAUGAAACUUCCCACACUCUCUCUGGUUUUUGAAAAUUUCAAGGACUACACCUUUUGGUUUGUUAGUUUCGAAUAAAGCAAAUGUUUUCGACACUACUGUCCAGAAUUCUGGUAACAUUUUAAAUUAUCAAUAAGGAAAUUAAAAUAAUAAAGCUGCACAAGUACCUAGCCUAUUCCUCGUCGCACUACUAUGUUUCAGCACCUCGAGGCUUGCUCGACGCGGUAUCGCGCUGCUUGCUUGCCGCUAUCCCCGUCGCUCCACUAUGUUCUUAGCCUAACUCCAAGAGCGAUUACAAAUAAGUUAUUUACAAAUUAUAAAUAAUUUAUAGCUCUGUCGUUAUUAUGAUGGUCAUUCUUCAGUAACAGGGUCCUGAUUCGUUAUGGAGCGCGACACGACGUUACAAAAAAAAUACCGCUCCAAAAUCGCGUUACUCAAAUACCGACACAUCACCAUUUCAUCAAUGGAUAACGCAUGACGGAUGCAUAAAAAACCCACACAUAAACCUGUGGAUUAACAAAUUUACAUCCUAUGGAUGUACCUAACCAUUUUUUCUGCUGUUGUCUUUAUAUCUAAUAACUUGUCCCAGGCUGAGUUAUUACGAUAUAUUAUGUAAUAAUAUCUGUAAUUUAUUCUUCUAUUUAGUUACAAUAAAUGUAUAUUAAAUUUCUACUUUUG